ACACCUUAUAAUGAAUGCUACUAAACUGACUGUUUUACUUAUUACUUUCUUUAAGUGUAGGAUACCGAAACAAUGCAGCAACUGAACACAUCAGAUUAUGAGACUACCGAAUAUUUUGAUUCUUAUGAAUGUUCUCUAAGUCCAGAAAUGAAACUACUUGCCAAAGAAGAGCUGCAUGAAGAUGAUAAUAUACGUCAGCAGGCAUUAAAACAGUUUCGCGAAUGGAUAUCUAAACACCCAUCUAUUAAGAAGUGCCGAACUGAUUCCAUGUUUCUGCUAAGGUUUUUACGCACCAAAAAAUUCUCAGUUCCUGAAGCAUGUGAAAUGCUUGAACGUUAUUUAACUAUACGUCAGUUAUUUCCGCAAUGGUUCUCAAAACUAGAUAUUACAGACUCAGAGAUCAGUGAAAUUUUUGAUAAUGGUUAUCUAAUUCCGCUUCCUGAAAAGGAUGACAAUGGUAGACAAAUAAUACUUUCAGUGGCGAGGAACUUCGAUCCAUACAAAUAUAACUCUGUUCAGAUGGCUCGUAUUCACUCACUUAUUUGCGAAAGCUUAUUAGACGACGAGCAGUCGCAAGUAGCUGGUUAUGUGUACAUAAACGACGAAAGUGGAAUUAAAAUGGGGUUCGCAAGUCUUUGGUCCCUCGCGGAUUUAAGAAGUAUGGUUAAAUGUAUACAGAAUUCCACUCCCAUGAGGCAUAAAGAAACACAUUUCAUUAACAUACCGCAUUUUGCGAACCGUAUUAUCGAGUUGGGAGUAUCAUUGCUCAGCGAAAAACUAAGAAAACGUAUAGUUAUCCAUAAGACACUUGACGCCUUGAAAGAAAAAGUAAAACCAGCUAUUCUUCCUCGGGAAUAUGGUGGGACCAUUCCGGUUUCUGAUAUUAUUAAACAGUUUAAAUUGAAACUAUUAGAAAAACGAUCGGCGAUCUUAUCCCUUGAUGACAUGUACAUUGAUAUAACGAAACAGCCUAAUAUUUCCUCAAAUAUCGGUUUAAGUGAUGUUGAUGUUGGAAUAGUAGGCAGUUUUAGAAAACUGGAAGUGGAUUGAGUGAUAUGCCCAAGCCUUUUUGUAUACAGUUAUUACAAAAAAAAA